CUGCGUCUGCAGGCUGUUUCUGGACGGAGAGAGUGAGGGGAUAGUUGAGUUAAAUCGGCCAGCACCUUGCGUGUUCUUCCUAUUAAUCCGGCGACUGGCCAGAAAUGUCGAGAAGACGGCAUAGUGACGAUAAUGACGGGCAACCUCAUAAAAGGAGGAGGACAUCUGAACCAAUUGAAAUUGAAGACCGAUUGGAGUCUCUGAUAUGUCGUGUAGGAGAAAAGAGCACGUCUUCAUUAGAGAGCAAUCUAGAAGGACUAGCAGGUGUUUUGGAAGCAGAUCUGCCAAAUUAUAAAAGUAAAAUCUUGAGAAUACUUUGUGCAGUAGCAAGGCAGCUUCCAGAAAAAUUACCUGUAUACACAACACUUGUGGGCCUACUAAAUGCCAGGAAUUACAACUUUGGUGGUGAAUUCGUCGAAGCUAUGAUCAGACAGCUUAAAGAAAUUUUGAAAGCCAAUUUGUACAAUGAAGCAGUUUUUGCUGUUCGUUUUUUGUCUGAUCUCGUGAAUUGUCAUGUGAUUGCUGCUCCAUCGAUGGUGGCAAUGUUUGAAAACUUUAUCAGCGUAACACAAGAGGAGGACAUACCACAGGUACGCUCUGACUGGUACGUGUAUUCGGUGCUUUCUUCUCUUCCCUGGGUUGGAAAGGAGCUCUAUGAGAAAAAAGAUGUUGAGAUGGAUCGAAUUCUUUUGCAGAUCGAAAGUUAUCUGAAGAGACGACAAAAACAUCAUGUCCCAAUGCUACAGUGCUGGAAUGCUGAACAACCACAUUUACAGGAGGAGUACUUGGACUGUCUGUGGGCACAAAUUCAGAAGUUGAAAAAGGAUCGUUGGCAGGAGAAACAUAUCUUGAGACCAUAUUUGGCUUUUGACAGUGUACUCUGUGAAGCCUUGCAGCACAACCUGCCGCCUUUUACUCCACCUCCUCACACAAAAGACUCUGUAUACCCUGUUCCACAAGUCAUUUUCAGAAUGUUCGACUACACAGAUGCCCCUGAGGGUCCAGUCAUGCCUGGCAGCCACUCUGUUGAGAGAUUUGUAAUUGAGGAAAAUCUCCGUUGUAUUAUCAAAUCUCAUUGGAGAGAAAGAAAAACAUGUGCUGCACAGCUGCUGAGUUAUCCAGGAAAAAACAAAAUUCCUCUGAAUUACCAUAUAGUAGAGGUUGUCUUUGGAGAACUUUUUCGGUUGCCCCAACCCCCUCAUAUUGAAGUCAUGUAUACAACAUUAUUGAUUGAACUCUGCAAACUACAGCCUGGCUCUUUGCCACAAGUUCUUGCACAAGCCACUGAGAUGUUAUACAUGCGGAUCGAUGCAAUGAAUACAAUUUGCGUGGACAGAUUUAUCAACUGGUUUUCUCAUCAUUUAAGUAAUUUUCAAUUCAGAUGGAGUUGGGAUGACUGGUCUGACUGCCUGGCUCUGGAUCCUGACAAAGCCAAACCGAAGUUUUUGCGUGAAGUGUUGGAGAAAUGUAUGAGGCUUUCCUAUUAUCAAAGAAUAGUGGAUAUUGUGCCGGAGAACUUUGCUGCCUUGUUACCAGCAAAUCCAUUAUGUGUUUACAAGUAUGGGGAUGAGAGCAACAGUUCUCUGCCUGGUUAUGCUGUGGCUGUCAGUUUAUGCAAUGCUAUUAAAAGCAAAGCAAAUAAUGAUGAAAUUCUGAGCAUACUAAAAGAUCUCCCAAAUCCUAAUCAAGAGGAUGAUGAUGAUGAUGAAGGUUUCAGCUUUAAUCCUCUGAAGAUUGAAGUUUUUGUACAGACCUUGCUUUACCUGGCAUCCAAGUCCUUUAGCCAUUCCUUCAGUGCUUUAGCAAAAUUUCAUGAGAUUUUUAAGACUUUGGCUGAAGGUGAUGAGGGCAAGUUGCACGUACUUAGAGUCAUGUAUGACGUGUGGAAGUGCCAUCCGCAGAUGAUGGCCAUGUUGGUUGAUAAAAUGAUCCGAACACAGAUUGUAGACUGUGCAGCAGUGGCAAACUGGAUCUUCUCUUCAGAAAUGGCACAUGAUUUCACCAGGUUGUAUGUCUGGGAGAUUUUACACUCAACCAUCCGAAAGAUGAACAAACAUGUUCAAAAGGUACAGAAAGAACUUGAAGAAACUAAAGAGAAAUUGGAUAAACAGCACAAAAGGCGAGACAGUGAUGAUGACUAUGACCAGAAUAGUGACGAUGAUGAGGAUGGUCCUUUGGAAGAACAAAUUGAACGUCUUCAGGAGAAAGUUGAGUCUGCUCAAAGUGAACAGAAAAACCUCUUUCUAGUAAUUUUCCAGCGUUUUAUAAUGAUAUUGACAGAACAUCUUGCAAGGUGUGAAACUGGUGGGAUUGAUUUUAACACACCCUGGUACAAGAACUGUAUUGAACGGUUGCAGCAGAUCUUCCUCCAGCAUCACCAGAUCAUUCAACAGUAUAUGGUGACUCUGGAGAACCUGCUCUUCACGGCUGAGCUGGACCACCACAUAUUGGCUGUUUUCCAACAGUUCUGUGCCCUUCAGUAAUGGCGAUUAUGUUACAGUUAAAAGAACUUUUUCAGAUUCUCAGUGUUAUUUUAAUCCUGCAUUGGUGAAAGCUGACUCAAGCAAGCAACAUUCUUGUAUUAAUAAUAUCCUUUUGCCUAAUAAUCUGUGAAACCAUGGAGCAUGAAGAAAGCUGCCAUUUACAUUAGAAAGGAUUUUUCUCUAAAAGAUUAGAUGUUAUGGAAUAGUUAGAAACUUAGAGGCUGGAGAGAUAGAGAGAGAGAGAUACAGUUUGAUUCAAAUUUUGGUAUUCACCUCAAUUUUAAAUUUGCUUUGUAUUCCUUGGUUUGGUGGUUUGAUACAGUAUUCUCUGCAUCUAAUACCUGUUCUUAUCCUCAUGAUCGCUCUUACAGUUUGUAAAUUAAGCUGCAUGUUGUAACUUGUCUGAAAUUGUGCUCCUUAUUAGUAGACCAACAUUUUGAAUUUAGAUGUUGUAUUGUGUUCUUUUGAUCCUAGUAAUGGCAAAUAGGCAUUCUUACUGAUAUCAGUGGGAAUACUGCCACUUUUUAUAAAAAGAGAAAGGUGUGUUAUUUUUAAACUUUACACGUCCAUUCAAGCCUCAUACAGAAAGUGGGAAGUGAAGAGAUGAAUUUAUCACUAUUGGAAAAGUAAUAUUUUUUUACAGAUUUAAUGAAAUGCAUUGAUUCUAGGAUGAUAGCAACCUUAGUAGUUACUGGGCCCACUCACUUUCAAACCUGGCUAUUUACAAAAACAUUUCAAGACGUGUUUUUUGGACCUAGGAUUCUGCCUGACUCUUAUUUGUGUGUGUGUGUUUGUUUGUGUAUAUAUAUAUAUAUAUGUUUGUGUGUGUGUAUGUAUGCGCACAUGCACAUGUGAGAGGGAGAGCAAUGAGUCUGAAACAACCAUGCUGUCUACAAUAGCAGAGUGCCAAAGUUCGUGAUUGCAUUCAUUGUGAUCCAGCCCUAAUGCUGCACCAUCUCUAAAACCAGAGGUUCCCAACUGAUACAACUCCGAUUGAUAUAAGGCAUUUGGAUUUUUGAGUUGUGCAACUUCAGUAAAAAAUUAUCUACUUAACAGAAGCAAAUGGGGAAAACAUUUGUGCGAUCACAGCUUUGUUAUCCAAUUCUUUCCAAACCACUUUAUCCCAUCCAUCAGAUCGUAUAUAAAAGAGGAUAGCAUUCUACGGUCCGUUAUUUUAAAAAAAACUUGACAUGUAUUAUUCUACAUUGAGAAAUACUGGCAAUAUCUGUAUUCAGAGACAUUUUAGAUUAGUAAUGUUUGAAUACUGCCAAGUUAUAGAUGAUGCUAUAAUUUUGAUUAAAUUUUUAAAAUAUUUUACAGAAUCUUAAACUCGCCAUGUUCUCUCUCAGGUGCUGAUGACUGAUUUGAUUUACUACUUUGUCAUCUGAAUCCAUUCUAUUUCCACUGAUACAUACUUUCUAUAAGUGCCAACCUCCUUUAACCUCCAGGAAAUUGUACCUUGAAUUUCAUAUCAUCCAUGAAAUAGUAAGUCCUUUUCCAUCUAUUAUUAACCCCUGCCAUUAAACAGUGUUAUUGCAAGUUUUCCCUGUACUCCUGUCUUUGCAAAUUAUAGAUGGGAGCAGUCAAAUUGUUCUUAUCAUGAAAGCAUUAUGUUGUACAUAAACCCAUCUUUCCACAAUUUUGUUUUCUUGACAGCUAUCUGACAUGACAAUGGCACUUUUUAAACCUAUUUUGUUUCAAAUCAGAUGGUGGGUGAUGUGGCCUUUCUAGGGAAUACUCAAUUUUCCAUCUUCAUUUACUUCUGGUGGCCAUGGGACUUUGUGACACAGCAUUCUAUGCCAACAAUGUCACUCUUGAGUUUGUUUGACCCUUUUCUAGUUGCUUUUUAUUUCUAUCAAGUUCAAACAUUUUCCCUGUUUCCUAUCCCCUUUUCACCAUUGUCUUUUAACAUGUCUAUAGACUCAAGUCAUUCUGUGUACACUUCACCCAAAUUCAACCCUUCUGCUUAUGGUUUGAUUCCUUACCACCAAUAUCUACUAAUUCAUGUGUGAUCUCUAACUACUGCUUUCAGUAUUCUGUGCAACUUCUUUCAGCCAUCUAUUAUGUCCCUUCCAUUUUGCAUGUGGCUAGUUUGAGAGAAACAAAGAAAAGUGGGAACUUUACUGUUCAGAUACCAAGCAACAGCAAGUUAUUCAAAUGAUGUUCUGUAACUGACCAAGAAUGUGUACUUCUGAUUUCAAAGUCUAUAGUCUAGGAGUUGUGGCAUUGUUCAAUUCUUUACAAUGUGAUUGGGCUUAGUUGAGAUAGAGAACCAUAUUAUAGUACAGGUAGCUUGUCUAUUGUGGGCAUGAAGUAAGAGGAUGCAUGAAGCUUUUAAAUGCCUAAUGUUACCAUAUAGAGGCAGUUCUGAGUUACUGUAUUCAACCAUUCUCUCAUACUUUACAGGUUCUUGUGUUGGACUGUGUUUGCUCAUAAAAUUCAGCUUUUUCUAUCACACUGGCUAUAGCUACAGUAACGAUUUUUUUGAGAAGUCAUUAAGCAACAGUGAUUUCUUUGGAUAGGGAGACCAUUCUGUUCAGGCUAGUGCUUCGUACCAAAUUUAUUAUUUUAGUCUUGAAGGUUAAAUGAAACAAUUCCCUUUGUGUAACUUUCAUUUACAUAAAAUUGAACAUAAUAGGCCAAAUGUUCUACAGGUCGGCUGUAUAUGCAUACUGACCAGCCCGUGAGCCAUCUCCUCUGUCUGGAAGCAUAACAGGCCAAGUCGUUCUGACUAUAAAUACCCUUGAAGUCUUUGACAGAAUGGUUAUGUUGCAAGAUUAAGUUGGAGAUGCCAAUUUGAAUCUUGGCAUAGCAGCUGGGGAAUUUAGAUGCAAAUCUAGUACUGUUAAUGAUCCAGAAAACAAUCCAUCGAGUUCACUCAGAUAUUCAGGAAAAACAGUUAGUCAUCCUGCCUUGGAUGAGCUUAUUUGUUUCUCAUGUAGUUGAUGCCUAACUGUUUGCUGAAUGGAUGGAGUUAGGAAUGCACAGUAAAGGCUUGUUAGCACAACCACAUUUCAAAGAAGAAUAAAUGAAUAGAACUGAUGAUAUGCAUUGGCAUCCAACUCCAGGCUUACUGACUAUGGAAGUUCAGAAAUUGAAUGUGAAUAUCUGACCUUCAAAGAUUACUUUAAAAAGUGAAUUUAAAAUUUUAAGUAUUUAGUAAAUAAAAUAAUAGUAAUAACCUUUAUUUUUAAAAUAGUAAUUUCAGUUGGCUUCAAUAAUCCAUGUGGACAUUUGUGCAUUCCUGUAUGGGCAAAUGUGGAAUCUAAAACUUUGAGGUACAGUACAUGGUUUGAGACGAACAUUUAAGCCUUUAUCAAUUCCCCAUCAAUACCCUCUGGAGCAAAUGCAGCUAUGGUUGUUGCUGGCUUGUACUCUCAGUGUUCUAACUCACAAAGUUGACUUUAUUUCUGAAUGAACUUAUAAGUGUAUCCGAUUGUAUCAAAUUACAAAAUCAAAUGAGGCCUUUAAUUAUCUCCACACAACAUCAGAUUGACUGCUUUGUUAGAAAGUGCAAAUCUAAAAUCUGCUUCCCUUAACAGUUCACUAAUGACUUGUUAGCCAUGAAUAAUGAUUAACAAAGAUCAAGGGAUUUUAAAAAUUAAAUAGGUAACCUAGUCAGUAUCACAUUUCUAUUUUGGUAAUUUGCUGUGGACAAAUUAGUUUCUGUCUCUUGCAUUACCACAUGGAAAGUGCAUCAUUGUGAAGCACUGGGACAUCUUGGAAAAGCUGUGGCAGGUACUAUCUCUACCUUCAGGUGGAAAUCCUAAAUAAAUAUGAUGCUGGUUCAUGUACAAUUCUGGAUGUAAAGCAAAGCGUGUUUUAGUCUGUAGUGAGGACUGAGUUGAGUCUUAGUUAUAUGUGUGGUCAAAUGAAUAUGCUAGCCAGGAUAUACAUGGGGUGAUUGAUAAGUUCGUGGCCUAAUGUAGAAGGUGUCAAUUUUAGAAA